AUGGAGGUAAAAACGAAGCUUGAAAUCGGCGAAGACGAGGAGGAGUUUCAACGACUGACGCAUUGCGUCGAAUUGCUCGUGGCGGCUGGUUAUUUUCGAGCAAGAGUCAAGGGAUUGUCGGCUUUUGAUAAGAUUGUCGGGGGAAUCGUUUGGUGCAUUUCCACUUGCAACUACACGGUCGACGUUGAUUUGUUGUACGCGGAGAACUCGACGAUUGGACAGAAGAUCGCGUUGACCGAGCGAAUUUGCGAGGUGUUGAUGCAAUUGCAAUGCCCGUAUCCGCUGGAACCACAUCAGAUUCAAGGAUUAGAUAUCCUCAAUAUCUAUCCAGUUAUUCAAUGGCUUGUCAAGAAAGCGAUCGAAGCAAAGGAACUUUUUGGAGAUCGAAAUAAAAAUUUCGUCUCUUAUUUAGCGGAUCCGAAUUUUCGGGAAAAAGCCGUGAAGCCAGAGCUGCGUUUUUCGGAUUCAAAUUUUCAAUUGAAUGAAAAUUUGGCAAAGAAUUUCCCGUCAAUCUCGUCGCAGAAAGAAUUGCUCAAAGCGGUGCGAAAAAUCGGGAAACGAGAGGAGACACCGGAAAAAGAAGAAUUUUUAUUGCUGGAGGAAGCGAUUAGACGAUCGAAAUUACCCGAAUUCGAGAAAACGAUCAAAAUUGACACAUUCGAAUUCGAGGAAAAGGAGAGUACGUCUCAACAUCGCGAAGAGACUGAAGAGGAUCUGGAUCGACUGAUCGAAGAGCUAAACAGCGAGUUGAGGGAUUUGGGCGACGAGUGUCAAGUCGAAGAGAUCAAUUUGCAGACGUUGGAAGCUGAAUGCUUGUUGCUCGACGAAAAGUUGAAUUACGCUGGGAAAUUGGAGAAAAAUUUGGAUGAAGAACUUUUGAGCGAUUUACGUGAGAAAUUCGGCUUUUAUAUGCAAAUUUCGACGAGAGAAGCCGAAUUUAAGCGCCAAUGCGAGAGGGAAAUCGACAAGAUAAUGGGGGAAAUUCUGAGAUUUGAGGAAAAUGCGGAAAGGGCUGAGGAUAUAAAUCGAAAAGAAUGGGAGGAUCGGCUUUUGAUUGAAGAGGAGAAGUUGAAACGAGUGAGGGAAAUGGGCGCUACGUGGGCACGGGAGAUCGCCGGAUUGCAGAGAUCGAUCGAUUCAGUGCCAUCACAAAUCGAAAUCGCACAAUAUCACAAGAGAUUGAUCGAGCUGUACAAUCAGAUGGGAUCAAAGCAUCGACAAACUCGUCAAUACUAUGUCUAUCAUAACUACUUGAUCGAUUUGAGAAACUACAUGAAAAAAGAAGCCGAAUUAUUGAAUAGCAUUGAGGAAGCGGUUCCGUUAGCUAAAACCGAGGCCAACCGUGACUCAUUCAUCAAUCAAUUGACAAGGAUUUUGAGGGGUGUUGAAACGAAUUUGGAAAAACAUCAACAACAAGAAAAGGAAUUGGACGGAAAAAAAGAAAUUCUCAGUGUUGAGAUUGGCUUUCAAAGGGAAAAAGAAAGAGCAUUUCAGAAAGCGCUCGAUGACUUUAAAAAGGCUUGCGAGGCGAUCGAGAAAUAUCAGCAACUUCUACGGGUAGACGCGAUAAACAAG